AACAUUAAAAUAUUUUUCAUCUUCUGCCUCGACGAGGAGACGACGAAGGCGGUGACGAACUCGGAGCUUAGUUUGGAAGACGAAGGGAGCUUGCUGGAAACCGACGGCCGACGGAUGUCCGGCGGAAACUCGAUCGGCGCCGACUGGAGCUCUACGAGGAAGGCUGAGUGAAAUUUCUGUAGAACUGACUACUCUUUAAGUUUCAGGAUUUCGCAUAUCGCAUUGGAAGUUCUGCUCUACCUUGAUCGGCGCCAUGGAAGAAUGGUUUGGUGGUCCAAUCAUGGAGAAGCUCGUCAGCACUGGCUUUGAGUACUUGAAACAUCAAGCCAGAUGGCAGACAGGCAUGAAGGAGGAGCUGGAAAGGUUGCGAGAGAAUUACCCCAAGAUCCAAGCCGUGGUCCUUGUUUCCAGCCAAGCACAGAUCACAGACCAAAACCCGGAUCUGAACAAAUGGCUAUGGCAGCUACGAGAUGCCAUAGAUGAAGCAGAUGAUGUGCUCGAUGAGUUUGAGUACAUGAAGCAUGAAAAUCAGCUGAACGAAAACAAGGAGAAAACAAAGCUGCGUUCCGCCAUGAGCUCCAUGAAGAAAGGAAUUGUUAAAAUUGGUAAACGUGCUCUCCAAAUUGAUCCCUUAUUGAAAAAACUGGAGGAGGUUGUGAAGAAGCUUGAUAGAGUAUCAGCUGAUGUUGGCAAUUUUCUUCAUCUUUUAGAAAGCACAAAGCAGGAGCAACAGGAGCAGUUGAUUGAUUUGUACAAAACACGUGAAACGGGAUCCUUGCCUAAAAAUGAUCUUAUUGGUCGAGUUAAAGAAAAAGAAUUUGUUAUGCAGUGGUUGAGGAAGCCAUCAAAUGAAAAUGAGACUCUUAGUACUAGCACUACUUCGUACGGGAGCAACAUUUCUCUUCUCUCUAUAGUGGGUCAUGGUGGUAUGGGGAAGACAACUCUCUUGCAACAUGUCUAUGAAGAUGAAAUCACAAGGGAAUUCAAUCUUAAAAUGUGGGUUUGCGUUUCCAAUAACUUUGAUGUGAAAAGAGUUUUUAGAGAUAUGCUGGAAUGUCUUAAAAUGAAGAAGCCUGAUUUGGAAUCACUUGAGGCACUUCAAAGAAGUCUUAAAUCUGAGGUGAUUGCCAAGAAGUUCUUACUUGUGCUUGAUGACAUUUGGGAGGAGUCAGAGGAGCAGGAUAAAAGCAAAUGGGAGAAUGUGCUCGCUCCUCUGAAUUAUGGAAGUUUGGGAAGUAAGAUUUUGGCAACAACUCGGAUGGACUCUGUUGCAUUGAUGAUUGCAAAGGUGAUUAAUAAGAAGAAGGAAACAUUUAGAUUGGAGGGCUUGGAGGAGGAUGUCUGUUUACAUCUCCUCAGCAAUCAUGCUUUUGCUAAUGUAGAGAAUCCUGAUGUUUAUCAUCCUAAAUUAAGAUCCAUAGCAGUUGAGAUUGUAAAAAAGGUUUAUGGAUCUCCGUUAGCAGCAAAGGUCAUGGGUGGUAUUUUGAAUUCUAACUUGGAUGAAAGGCAUUGGAUGAAAGUUUUAAAUAGUGAUAUUGGAAAUGGAGAAAUGGGCAAAAAUGAUAUAUUUCCGAUCUUAAGAUUGAGUUAUAUGUUUCUACCAAAGCCUCUACAAAAUUGUUUCUCAUUUUGUGGCAUGUUUGCGGAAGAUCAUUUGUUUGAUAAAAAUGAUUUAGUCCGAAUGUGGAUUGCUUUGGGUUUCAUUCAUACAUCUAAUGUUCGAGGAGGAGAUACUAUGAAGGAUAUUGGAAUAAGGUAUUUCGAGGUUUUGGUACAAAAAUCUUUUUUUCAGACUGAGGACUAUGGCAAUUAUUAUACGAUGCACGAUUUAUUACACGAAUUGGCACAAUCUAUUUCUGCACAGGAGUGCUUUAGAGUUAUGGGUGAUGAAAAGUUACUUCAUACAAUUCCUGAGAGUAUUCGACACUUAUCUAUUGAAACUAAAAAUUUAGAUGUGCUUAGAAAGGUGACAAAAUUUAGAAAAUUGCGUUCACUUCAUUUAACUUACUUAGUAGAUGAUCAAGAUUUUAUCUGUGUGCUCGGUGAAAUCUUCAAAGCAUCAAGAAGCAUACGUUUGUUAUAUAUACAUGCUCUAGACUUGAAAAUGAUGCCCGAGGCAAUUAAAUAUUUGAUACACCUUCGAUACUUAUGGCUUGAAUUUAAUCUCCUUCGGCUGCCAAGAUCUUUAAGUAGUCUAUCAAUUGCAAUUCAUGUCUGUGAUUUUUUUCCAAGAAUUAUUCUUUCUCAUGAUUUCUUACCAAGGGAUAUGAACAACCUUUUUAAUCUUCAUUAUCUGCAAUUACCCUGGGAUCACUUCCCUGGGUUGUAUGGGAUUGGUAAGUUAAACUCACUUGAAGAACUCGAUGGAUUUUAUGUUAAGAAAGAGGAAGGUUAUAGAAUUGGGGAGCUGGAGUAUAUGAAUAAACUUCAUCAAUUAAGAAUCAAACACGUGGAAAAUGUGAAGGAACCAAAAGAGGCUUGCAGUGCUAAAUUAUGUGAUAAAAAAAACCUUACGGAUUUGUCCUUGGAAUGGGGUGAUGCUCCUUACUUCCGUAGAGAGCGUAAAAUUUUAGAUCCCAACUUAGAUGAGAAGGUACUUGACAACCUUCAACCCCAUAACACCCUAAAGAAAUUGAGUAUAAAUGCAUACAUGGAUGCCGGGUCUGCAAUAUGGAUGAACAAGGCCCAUUUGAUCUCCAACCUAGAGUGCAUCGAACUGGAUAAGUGUUUGGAGUGGGAAACUCUUCCACCUUUUGGGCAGCUUCCCUUCCUCAAGUCUUUGUAUCUUCAUAACAUGCCAAAAAUAAAACGACUCGAUUCUAAAUUCUAUGGGAAUGAUGAGGAUCGUGUCUUUCCAUCAUUAGAUGUGCUACGUAUUGAGAAAUUGGAAGCAAUGGAGGCUUGGUUUGAUGCUGCACCAACAACAUAUGACUGUCUGUUUCCUUGCUUGACUGAAUUGUAUCUAAAAGAUUGCCCAAAUUUGCAAGAGUUGCCCUCUUUGCCUCCUAAGCUCAAGAAAUUGAAGAUAGAUAACAUUGGGUGGAAAGCUCUGAACUGGCAACGUGGCACGGGCAACAGUUGCAGCACUUCAAAAUCCAUUCCCCUUGAAACAUUAAAAGUCCUUCGCUGCCCCAACAUUAGAUCUCUUCCACUGGCUGAAGAAACAGCGAGACUUGCAGCACUUAGAAAGUUGACAAUUGUAGAUUGCCGCAAUCUCAUCUCUCUAAGAGGACUGCAAGGAGUGGAAGCCAAUGAGAAUCAUGAGCUCAUUCUCAAUAAACUUGUUAUAAGCAGUCCAUCCGUGUUGCAAAUGGUGCCAUUGAGAAGUCUCACCUCCCUUCAAAAGCUGGAAAUUAAGGAUAAUAAUGACCUGGUUUCAUUUCCAGUUGAGGCAGAACAAUGGUUUCUUCAAGUUAGCUCAUCCCUUCAUGAGUUGAACUUUGAAAGCCUCAAAUCCCUGGAGUCCCUUCCUACCACCUUGUCAAGCCUCUCUUCACUCAAGAUUCUAUAUGUGCAUGAGGUUCCUCAGCUGAAGCUAUUGCCGACCAUCCCCAUCUCUCUUGUUAAUUUACAUCUUAGCUUCCUAGAAUCAUUGCAGUGCUUACAGCCUUUGUCGCACUCUUCUCUCAAGCAUCUCUACUUAGGAAUGAUUCCACUCCGAAAUCUGCCAGACCUUCCUUCCUCUUUGUAUAGGCUGUCUCUGCAUGAUCUUGAGAAGCUGGAUUGCUUGCCGUCUUGCCUUUAUAAUCUUUCUUCUCUCCGAACUCUUUUCAUUCAUAACGUUCCUCUGCUCUGGGAAUUACAACACCUCCCUCCCUCCUUGGAAGAACUCUCCGUCUGCGGUUGUCAACCAGCGUUUAAGAAGCGCUAUCAAAAGCUUGCUGGCUCUGAUUGGCACAAGAUUUCUUAUAUUUCAAAAAUCCUUAUUUCUACCGAGCUCCCCUUCUGAUGUAAUUUUUUUGGCUGGAUUUAUACAGCACAUAAAACAAUGGAAUUUAAAUAUUUCAGUCUCCUAACUUCAUUGUUUACAUAUAUAACACUCUGUUACAACGGCAAGUCGGCUGACAAUUUCGCGCAAUUGUGUUUCCCUUUGAUGAUGAGGCCAGAAGAGGGCAACACAGGAUUGUGUUGUUCGUUGCCAUUCUUUCAAAAAAGUAAGUAAUGCAAAUUUCAUAUUCUUUUGCUUAUUUC